UGAGUGCUUUUUUUGUUGUCGUUGCCAUGUCUCUGUGUCCUGACAUGCUGAUGUCUGCACGUCGAAAGGUUUCUGUGCUUUUCCGUGGUGGCCGUCGUGACUCGUGACCACGACGACCACCACGCCACGGCCGUGUCGGGCCACCGCGAGUCCACUUCGCAUUUUGAGCGACGCCCCCAAAUUCCGUGCCGAGUGUUUGCAGACCCUCCGGGACGGAGAGGUGGAGGAGGAAUCGGCAGCUCGGCCGUCUGUGUACGCUCCAAGCAGCACCAACGCCAUUAGUUCAUGACUUCAUCGAAGCCUUUUUUCUUGACAGCGGCGUUUUAGAAGGACUCCACGGCUGCUGCAGAGAAUGGGAAUAGGGACACAGGCCAAGGCUUGCCAUUUUGGCUGAAGGAACAGGACAGUUGUCAACCCCGCACGCCGGCGUCAAUCCCUCUCUCCGCCUCACCUCUCCUCCCCCCCUCCGGCGUACACACAAGGACACAAACCGCCGCCCACAUUCACGGCUAUGUCCACAGCAGUAGACAUUGCUGGCCCUUCCUCGCCAGACCAAGCCAACAGCAGCGCUAAAAUCCCCAACGAGCCACUGAGACCCAACCUUAAGCGCUCCAGCCACCCCUACGGCCUGUCCCAUUACAUCGCCAGCCCUUCCCAAGGCAUGGAUGUCAAAGGCCUGAUCCAACCCUCCCCGGCCCAGCAGCAGGCGGCCCCGCCCGGCCCCACCAAACCUCGCCGGGCCCCCUCCUGGCCCGACAUGUGGGAGUCGCCCAGCGGGCUCCACCUGGCCCACGCCGCAGAGCUGCUGAUGCGCGCCGGGCUGCUGGCGCUGACCCCUACCGCCACGGACCAGGCCAGCUCGGGUGCGCAGAGCAGCCAGCCGACUAAAAGGGAGGCCGUGGAGGUGAAGGGAGGCAAGGGAGACGGCGAGGGAGAAGGAUCCGGGCCUGAGGAGGAGGAAGAGAACUCGCCUGGAUGCAGGACAGACAUCCAGCCCUACUUGGGUGCCUGGUUCCCCUUCAGCCCCACUCUCUUGCCUCUCACCGGGUUCCAGAUGGGAGGAGGCCACUGGAGGAGCACAGCGUUGGGGGCCGAGGGUAUAGAGGGCCUGGUGGCCGAGGGGCACUCUCCCGGUUCUCUGGGCGGAGGAAGCGGAGGGAGGAGGAAGAGGAAGCGGUGCGGAGAGUGCGUUCCAUGUCGGCGUCAGACAAACUGCGAACAGUGUAGCAGCUGCCGCAAUCGUAAGAGGGGACACCAGAUCUGUAAAUACAGGAAGUGCGAGGAGCUGAAGAGGAAGCCGGGAGGUCCCGGGUUUGAGGGCAGAGUGUCCGCGUUUGACCUCAGAGGCUCCGACUUUUCUUUGGGUCUGGCGCAGGAGAGAAGCAGCGGCACAUUGGAUGGAUAGUAAUGUUUGCUGCAUUUGUCACAGAAUCCUGCUCGGAUGAUUGUUGAGGAGCUGAAGUGUAAAACACACACAUGCGUAUACACACACACUGGACACCAUGUUGGUUCAAAGACAUGGACAUGAUGUUUAGUGCAGAGCUGCACCUCUGUUCAAGAAUGUUCUCACUCAUUCCCAUCCUUUCUUUUGACAAUCAGUGAAUUGGAGAGGAGAGAGCGAGAAGGAGACCAAUGUGUCACUGUAUCGAAAAAAAAAAGAUGUAAAUAGACUGUAAAUAUCAGGGAGCGGGGGGGGAAAUUAUGCCUUUUUUACAUCCCUUUCCAGUUUGGAUGUAUUGUUGCAGCCGUUUAAAAGAAAUUAAGGAGAAAAAAAAGAGCCAAAUGUUUUGUUUCUACUGGGGACUCUCAAUUCUGUUGUCACCACAUCAUCAGUGAGCGAGUCGUCUAAAUUAUUUCAUGUGCAACUUGUACUGUAUAGAUCUGUUUUCCCUUUUUGAAAUAAAAGAAAUUGGCCAUG